CCUCCACAAAGUCCGCUCUUGCCGAGCUCUUACUUAGGCAAGAAGCUCAAGUGGCUAGUUUAGCUACCUGAUGGUGCUACCGUAGAGGUCUCUGAGGUCGAAUCUGACCUCUUCUGGGGGAGGAAGCAAGAUGGCCUCCUUGCGUGCCCAGUUCGGCUUGGCUCCACGUUUGUCGGGUCAACUCCUCUGGCACAGCGAUCAACGGUGCUUUUCUUGUUCUGCGGCUUUGAUGCGACACCAAAAAGCCGCACUCCUUGCUUCAUGCAAUGCAAUCGCUUCUCGGUCACUUUCAACGGAAAACGGAGCUGGCCGACCGCGAUUGCGCUUCGCACCUUCUCCGACGGGGAAUCUGCAUUUGGGAGGUCUGCGGACGGCUCUGCUCAACCACCUCUACGCUCGCUCGACAGGCGGAAGCUGGGUUUUGCGCAUCGAAGAUACUGAUCAAAAUCGCUUUGUACCGGGCUCAAUUGAAGCCUUGCAAGACGCUCUCCAAUGGGCAGGCUUAAAAUGGGAUGAAGGUCCGUCCAAAGGAGGCAAAUUUGGACCAUACAUUCAAUCAAAACGUUUGGAAACCUACCGAGAUUGGGCCCAGCGCCUCAUAGACCAAGGCGAUGCAUACUACGACUUUAGACCAGCUGCAGACCGCUCGGCACUCGCCGCAGGGGCUAGCGUACGUCGAACUGUCCGAGAAAAGUACACUCCGCCAGAUGAGGAGCAAGCGCGAGACAUGAUGAGGGACGGGAAAGCAUAUAGCAUCCGUCUCAAGUUCGCGCCUCAAUCUGUUGAGCACCACGACUUGGUCUUCGGGAAAAUGACGUUCCCACCGGAUCACGACGCCGAAGACCCCGUCUUGCUUAAGCAAGAUGGAUGCCCGACGUAUCACCUUGCCUCUGUUAUCGAUGACCAUCUGAUGCAGAUCACGCACGUUUUUCGUGGUGAGGAGUGGCUUCCUUCGCUACCGAAGCACUUGGUGCUGUACAAAGCGCUCGGGCUGCAGCCUCCGCAAUUUGCGCAUUUGCCACUAUUAAUGAAUGAAGAUGGGAGCAAGCUCUCGAAGCGAAGCGGGCAUGCGAGCGUCGAUGACUAUCGAAAGAUGGGCUACGAACCGGAGGCGCUCGUCAAUUUCAUCGCCUUGAUGGGAUACAAUCAUCAUGGCGAACAGCGGAAUGGCCAGGAAGGAGAGCAGCAUGAGACCGAUGUGAUGAGUAUGAAGGACUUUAUUCAAUCCUUCGACAUUUCUCGUAUCUCUCAAUCGCGAGCUGUACUCAACCUGCCAAAGUUGGACUUCCUCAAUCGACAUCAUCUACGGGCAAGAAUCGAGGCUAAAAGCACCCCAGCGCAUCAGGACUUACUUGACCGGCUCAGAGGAGGACUGCAAGAGAAAUACCAUCUGAAGCCUGACGAGGUGACAGACGCACAACUGAGGUCCAUCCUGCACCUAAUAUCAGACCGCGCAAACACACUGCCACAGAUUGUUGAGGGUGCUAAAGUAGUUUUCACACUGCCAGACUGGUCGACCAGCACAGCUGUGAAGAUGCGCAAGAGCGUGCCAGACGAUACGUAUCGCACCGCUGUGCGCUUGACGAUCGAAGCGCUUGCCUCGCGUGACGAUAAUGUGGCUGCUUGUGCAUCGGCAAUCGCGAGCAUGCUGGACGACGUAGGGGCACAACUGCUCCACAACCUGUCCAGUGACCACAUUGGAGAGGGAGGAGCUGCUGCUGCUGCAGGUGGCACGGCGCCGGGAAAAGGCAAAGGAACGCUGAUGAAGCCGCUGCGGCACGCACUGACUGGCGAAAGGGCUGGGCCCACUGUGCCCGACCUCGUCGCAACACUAGGCAAGCAAGCGUCGCUCGAACGUCUACGCGCAGCACUGGGGCAUGACGGACGGCUUGCAGCUUGAUGGGGUUUCAUGUACGAGUGUACGAUGGUUUGAAUAGGGUGUCGAGUGCAAAGAAAAAGUGUGGACACUUUUGAGGCUCGAUUAUUAUGUGCGAAUUGCCGGGCUGUCUGUCAUGUGUACAUUGAGCUGCCUCCUGCAACAGCAGCAGCAGCGGACGUAACUAGAAUAGAUGCGGUCACAACUUG